AGACCAUAGGGUACCAUGCCAUUGCCAAACUACGCUCCAAGCAGUAACGAAAUCAUGCCUGUGCCAAAGAAAGCAGGAAGAAAAUCCCAGGCAGCUCCUGCAGAGGUGCCGCCGGUGUACGAGCCCAAUAUUCAUGAUCCCACCACCAGGGCUGACCUCAUGAAAUACUGGAUCCCCCUCUCCCUGGAUGACAAAACGGCCCAGAAGCUGCUGUGGAUAUCCGAGAGCAACCUCAAGGUGUCGCGUAUGUCAGAGGAGGUGUGUCCAUACCCCAUGAGACCGGAGAGAUAUGAGCAUUCGCCACAGGUGCUGUGUAAGGAGGGUCUGUUGGGGCAGAGAGGGUACUGGGAGGUGGACUAUGGCGGCUGGGUGGUGAUUGGGGCAGUGUACGAGAGCAUGGGCCGGAAGAAUGGGCCAUGUGGGCUGGGGGAGAACGAAAGCUCAUGGGGUGCAGGCUGGGCCGGCUCCUGCUACCACGUCUGGCACAACGGGGAGAACAUGGAGGUCGAGCUCCCUUUGUGCAACACCAUGAGCAUAUACCUGGACCAGCCCGCUGGCAUCAUCAAAUUCUUCAUCGUGGAAGGAGAAGGGGAGGCGGAGAAGGCGGUGCGACUGAUACACAAGUUCAAAACUGACCUCAAAGAGAAGAUUCUGCCUUGUUUCUGGGUUGGCAGUAAAUCCUUCUGUUGGAUCCGGAAGAAAUAGGGACAGUAACAAGAAGGGUGUAGGAAAGGAGAGAUGGAAUAACAGGUCAGGGAUUUUGUAAGAGAGGGAGGUAAAGUGAACGAGAAGAUAUAUGUUUCUAAUAUUUGGAGAACAAGCACUGGUGUCAGAAUGCAGAAUUGAAGCAGAGAAUAAUGGAAUCUUCACAACAUGAAAUUAGUUGUAAUCUGUAAGAUUCACAUCAUGUCUAUGGUUUUAAGUGUUGCUGUUAUCCCUCUGUUGCAUGAGGACAACAUACAUAUGAAUUACUAGGUUAUAUUAUAAUAUUUAGAAUGACAAUUAUAUUGACUAUUUCUAUUUAUUAGUACUGUCAGUAGUUUUUGUUCCAGCACUAGUUUGUUAGUGUUAAAGUAGGGUGUGUAGUUUAAAUUCAUAGCUUGUAUCAUUUUAUAUCUGAUUGAACCAUGGUCAUGUAUGAAUGUGAUGAAUAAAUACAACUGUAUAA